GCACAGACGGUCCAGUGGUAAUUUGAUGUGUGUCUCUUGGGACAUUUGAUGGAUUAAAGCUAAGCAGCUCCAUUUCGCAGCACCACCUGAUCUCAAAGCCUGGGUCCCAUAUAAAAGAAGCUUGAUUGCUGAUCUCAGCUAGUCUGACAGUCUCUUCUCUCUUUCUCUCUCUCUUCUCUCUCUCUCUCUCUCUCUCUCUCUCUCUCUCUCUCUCUCUCUCUCUGUCUCUGUCACUUUCCCUGGCAGGAACUAUCCAGUGCUGAACAUUUUUUUUUUUACCAGGGAGCCAUCGUUCUGGGCUUCUUUUCUUUUUUCUUUUUAAGUUGGAAAAGGAUUAUUUCUUUUGUUGCAGCUCCUGUUUUUUAGUUUUUUUUUUUGUUUUUUGGGGGGUUGUUCGACGUCUCUCAGCUACAAUAUGCCACGCUCUUUUUUGGUAAAGAAGAUCAAGCUGGAUGAUUUUUCUUCCACUGCAGUGCCGGCUGCUAACCAGCACCACCACAGUCACCACCAUUUAGAGGAUUCGUAUGCCUUUGCACGGUCUAUUACAGAUUCCGUUGGGAGCUUAGGGGUCCGGAUUAGUGAAAAUGGCUACAUCCAAGAUUACAUCACGCCAUCGGCCUACGAGACCGAGAAGAAGAUGGGCCUCAAGCUGGCGUCGGUGGUGUCGGAGCCGGUCUACACUCAGGUGAGCAGCGGUGGAGAGGAAUACUCGGACCACGACAUGGAGCAGCCGGACAGUCCGCAGUCGGGAAUGACUGCCACUGGCUUCUUCAGCGGGGAGGCAGAGGCUCUGACGGAGGGCUACACCAUGGAUGCCUUCUUCAUCUCAGACGGGCGAUCGCGGAGGAAGAGCGAGAGCGAGCCCAGCGCAGUGGCCACCGGCCAACAGAGGCACAGCUGCAAUGAAUGUGGCAAGACCUACGCCACCUCCUCCAACCUGAGCCGGCACAAGCAGACCCACCGGAGCCUGGAUAGCAAGAUGGCACGCAAGUGCCCCUCCUGCAGCAAAGUGUAUGUCUCCAUGCCAGCCCUGGCUAUGCACAUCCUCACCCACGAUCUCAAGCACAAGUGUGAGGUGUGCAGCAAGGCCUUCAGCCGGCCCUGGCUGCUCCAGGGGCACAUGCGCUCGCACACCGGUGAGAAGCCUUUUGCCUGCGCUCACUGUGGGAAAGCCUUUGCCGACCGCUCCAACCUGAGGGCGCACAUGCAAACCCACUCGGCCUUCAAGCACUACAAAUGCAAGCGCUGCAAUAAGACCUUCGCACUCAAGUCCUACCUGAACAAGCACUAUGAGUCGGCCUGCUUUAAGGGUGCCCCGGAGGAGGACUCCUGCUCGGAGGACUGACACUCAAACUAAACAGAGCAAUCCUUUAGAAAGCAAUAUUUUCACUGAGAUUACAAAAAAAAGUAUAUGCUGGAUUUUCUGAAAAACUGCGACACACACACACACACACACACACA